CGUCCCUACAACGAAGAAGAGACUACAACAAGGGCUAAAAAUGUUCUUCUGUAGUUUCUAAAUCUUGUUAUUCAGAUAAAGAGCUAAUAUAUUUAACUCAGCCAUGUCUAGGUAUCAUAAGGCUGCCAUUGAUGGCUAUUUGGAUUUGUUAAAGGAGGCAACUAGGAAAGACCUGAACACGCCAGAUGAGGACGGAAUGACGCCGACACUCUGGGCCGCUUAUCACGGCCGACUAGAAGCCCUGCAACUCAUCUGCAGUAGAGGUGGAGAUCCUAACAGAAGUGACAUCUGGGGGAACACACCAUUACACCAUGCAGCCUCUAAUGGUCAUAUGCACAUACUCAGCUUCCUGGUUAACUUUGGCGCCAAUCUCUUCGCAUUGGAUAAUGAUUUUCACACUCCUAUGGAUGUCGCCGCAUCUCGGGAUCAGAUGAACUGCGUCCGUUUCCUAGACAAUGCCGCUUCUCAGCAGACGAUGCAGAACCCUAAAAAUGUGGCAAACUUGAAGAAACAAGCAGUCAAAGAUGCAGAACGCAAGGUGAAGGAGUGUGAGAAGGUAAAAAGAAAGCACCAGAGUAAGAUGGACAAAAUAUACCGUGGCAGCGGAGGCUCUGUCUCUGAAGCCAAACCUGGUUCUUUGUCUAGCACAGGAACCAUAAAUCUCAACCAGCUCACUGCUUCCAACAAAUUUGGGUCCAUUAAAGGAACUCUCCAGCGUAAGUUUGGAAAGAAGGAUACCCUGUCAAAAAAAACAGAGAAUGGAGCAGAAGAAAAGCCAGAAUUAGUGGAUGUUUUCAAUGAGCAGGAUGAAAAUGAAGUGGAUGAAGAUGAACUUGAAGGAUUGAAGGAUGAGGAAGAAGAAGACGAUACUGAUCAGGCAACAGAAUCUGUGUUUAAUAGGCCAGGCCUUGGAAACAUGAUCUUCCGAAAGAACUUUUCCAUGGAAAUGGGAGUCGAAACAGAUGAAUUUCCUAUUGGUGACUCAGAGGACUUGGGUUUCCUGGUCCGCAAGGAGGUGUUUGAAGCAGAGGAGGCAGGACUGGACAACCAAUCAGAAGAGGAUUCACAAUUGCCUUGGAACCAGGAGGAGAUUGGAUUGGACGAAGAUGAGGAGACGUCACCCCUGCAUUCCUUCCUGACAUCAGUAAACCUAGUAGACUUUGCCCCUGUGUUUAUUCGUGAGAAGUUAGACUUAGAAGCCCUCAUGCUUUGCUCAGACGAUGAUCUUAAAAGCAUUAGAAUCCAGCUAGGGCCUCGCAAGAAGAUUUUGGAAGCAGCAGCUAGAAGGAAGGCUGCUCUGGAGCAACCUGGUGUAAUAAAGGACAGCUAUCUGUAACACCAAAUAUAUUCAAAUAUGGUCUAUAUAAUUUCAUAAAUGCUUUAAUAUUGUAAAGUGAAUUAGAAGAAUUGACGUUCUUUGCCUGUCAUUUGUCAUUUUAGAACAUAUGAAUGCAAAUUUUGAAAUGAGUUUCUAUAACAGUUGAUUGUCUACUCAAUAUCUUUACAGUACAUUAUUGUGAAUAAGGGUUUCCAUUCUAAAUUGCUUGCAAAUAAAGCUAGCUUUUAU